AUUAUAUAAAAAGUAAAAUAGAGUUAUAGAGAUAAACCUUCCCGUAUUAGCCGCAAACAAACACAAACCUUCUCUCUCGGUAAUCUCAACUCCGUUUUCGGUUUAUAUAUAUAAAUCCCUCCUAUCCCUCCUCUUCUUCUCUGUCAUUUCUUCUACACCUUCGCUGUCUUCUCUCCAUUCACUCUUUCUUCUUUCUUUUCUUCUCAUCAUCUCUUCGCUUUCUUUUUCUUUUCCUUUCUCCGAAUUUCGGCCGGUUGGCUCGGAUUGGAUUUGGUUUUUUCUUUUUUCGUCUUCGGGACUGAGAUCUGUUUGUUGGUUUUUUUUCAAGAGGAAGGAUUAAGGAUGAGUUAUUAUAAUCAAGGUCAGCCUCCGAUUGGAGUGCCUCCUCCUCAAGGUUAUCCACCAGAAGGUUAUCCGAAGGAUGCUUAUCCGCCGCCUGGAUAUCCGCCGCAGGGGUAUCCUCCUCCCGGUGCUUAUCCACCGCAGGGAUAUCCUCCGCCUUACGCUCCUCAAUACGCUCAACCUCCUCCUCAACAGCAGCAUAGUAGCGGUCCUGGUUGCUUGGAAGGCUGUUUGGCUGCGUUGUGCUGUUGCUGCUUGCUUGACGCCUGCUUUUGAAGAGAACCAAUUUGUAUUGUGGCUGUGCCUUUCGAACUUUUCCCCUAAAGAAAAAAAAAAAAAAAAAAGAACAAAAAAUUUGGAACAGUAUUGGAGUUGUCAAUGAUUUGGGCCUUCAUUGUGAAGCUUUCUUUAAAAUUCCUUGCGUUUAUUAAUUACUGUGUAGUCUAGUGUUUGUUGUUUCUUCCUUAUCUUUUACAUUUUUCUUAUAUAAAUAACCACCAUCUCUUCCCUCUCUUA